AUGCAUUUUCUUAAAUUACAAGUGCAACAUGGUGGUGACAUACAUGACGUAAUAUUAGCGACCAAUUCGAAUGAUCCAUGUGUCGAAGAAUUACAACAACACUUACAAAAUCAAUUGAAUAUACCACAAGAUCAACAACGAAUUAUGUUUAAAGGACAAAAUUUACAUGAUAAACCAGAAGGAAAAUUACGAAGAUAUGGUAUUACAAAUACGAGUUUAAUUCGAGUUGUAGGACCAAUUGUAAUUGCCUUAUUGGCAUUAUAUGCACAUGCAGCUGGUCAACACUGGGCUGUCAUUGUCGCCGGUUCGAAUGGCUAUUACAAUUAUCGUCAUCAAGCUGAUGUUUGUCAUGCUUAUCAAAUUCUUCAUAAACAUGGAAUUCCCGAUGAUAAUAUCGUUGUGAUGAUGUAUGAUGAUAUUGCCAACGAUCCAAGUAAUCCGACCAAAGGUGUUAUUAUCAAUCAUCCAAAUGGAAAAGAUGUUUACAAAGGUGUUCCAAAGGAUUACGUUGGAGAAACAGUUACGCCAAAAAAUUUUUUGAAUGUUAUUCUUGGUAAUACUACAGCACUAAAAGGCAUCGGAAUAGAAAAACAUGCCCAAAGCAAUGGCCCAGAUGAUAAUGUCUUCAUUUUUUUCACUGAUCAUGGUGCAGCAGGUUUGGUUGCUUUUCCAUCCGAUGUGCUCUAUGCCAAAGAUUUCAAUACCGCAAUCAAAAAAAUGCAUACAGAAAAGAAAUAUAAACAGAUGGUUAUCUACAUUGAAGCCUGUGAGUCUGGAUCAAUGUUAGAAGAUUUAUUAGCCGACAACAUUAAUGUUUAUGGAACAACUGCAUCGAAUGCUGAAGAAUCAUCGUAUGCUUGUUAUUAUGAUGAAAAACGUCAAACAUAUUUGGGUGAUGUCUACUCGGUCGUAUGGAUGGAAGACAGUGAUGCGGAAAAAAUUGAUGCCGAAACUCUAUUUAAACAAUUUCAAGUGACGAAAAAGAAAACAAAUACAAGUCAUGUUAUGCAAUACGGAGAUCUGAAACUCGGAAAAGCUCAUAUGGUUGCAGAAUUUCAAGGUGAGGUAGAAGUAUCAAAACCACCAAGAAAUCCAACUGUUGAUUAUUACAAUGACUUAUUAAGACGAGAUGCUGUUCCAACCGAAGAUGUUCGUCUUUCAGUAAUUGCUCGACGUUUAGCAGCCAGUGAAGCAAAUUCAGAAAAUCAACGUCAGUUGCAAAAAGAACUUGAACAAUUAUUACAGGAUCGUAGUACAAUUCAAGCACACAUUAAUGAAAUCGCUGCUGUUUCGGUACAAAUGAACAGAGCUAAUCUCUAUGAAACUGUUAUUCAACAAAGAAUGAAAAUAACCAAUCAUGAAUGUUAUAAAUCCGUCACACAACAUGUACAUAAAAAAUGUUUUGAUUUACAGAUACAAUAUUAUGAAACUAUGAGUGAAACGACAAAAUUUCAUUUUAUUCGAAAGAAUUAUUUUUCAAGACUUGUUCAAGAACAACAACAGCAACAAAUUAUAUCUUUAUCAUCGACUAAUUCCACAGUGUCAUCGCAGACAACACAAAAAAUACGUCAUGCACUCGAAUAUUUUGUUGAAGAUAUUAGACGAGAUCGUGAUAUAACAAUUGCUAAAUUUUUAGAUGAAUUAUUAGUCAAUGAUAUUUUGAUAAAUUUAGCUAAAAUGUUGUUAUCAGAUGAUGAAAGAAUCUGUGGAAAUGUUGCAUUCAUUAUUGGAAGUCUUGUUGAAACAGAAUAUGGUUUAAAACGUUUUAUUGAUGUAUUUAAUAAUAAUAAAAUUGAUGUGAAUAUUUUACAAAUAUUGUGUACAAUGUUAAAAAAAUCGGAUCCAGAAUGUGUAUUGAAUUCAGCUGGUUCACUGGGUACAAUAUGUGGAUCAAAAGAAGGACGAGAUUUUGCAUUGUAUCAUCCAAGUUUAAAAGAUAUUGUAUCUAAUGCUGCUGAUCUGUUAAAUUCAUCCAAUACAUGGAUAGCGAGUAAUUCAGCACUUGUACUAGCAAGGGCAAGUGUAGAAGAAAUUGGAUGUAAAACAAUUUUAACUCAUCAAAAUAAUCGUUUUAUAUCAAAACGAUUGGUAUCCGCAUUAAAAACUGAUGAUCCAGGUCGUUCAACAAAUGCGGCAUUUGCCAUAGCACGUUUGUGUGAAACGGAUGAUGGUCGAAGAACGAUUGUGAAUGCUGUUGGACAGGAAGAACUGUUUAACAGGUUAUCAUCAAUGCUAACCUCAACAGAUGAUACAGGUUUACAUAAAAAUGCCUGUUAUGCUUUGAGUUGUAUCUGUAAUAGUAGUUUUGGUAUACAAUUAUUAAUUCAAUCAAAUGUGGAUGAUAUAGUAGCGGCCCUUGAAGAUAUUGUUAUGUCGGAUGAAAGAGAAACAGCAUGGUUUGCUAUCAUGUGUUUGAGAACUUUAGCUGAUUUCGAAGAUAUUAGUAAACGAUUACGAGCAUCGAAAAAACUGAAAAUCAAGCUAAAACAUUCAAAAGAAAAAUGGUUAAAAUAUAACGAUGUUCAAGAUGAAUUAAAGUUACUUUGGUAUACGUUACAUAAAAAUAUAAAGCCAACCCCUCCUUCAAUUACUACUUGCAAUGCAAACUAUGUGGAAAUAUCAUGGGAAUUAUCCACAGAAAUUUGGGACUCAGACGUACAAUUUCGUGUAUUCUUAGACAAUAUUCCAAUAAAAAAUACUCCCAAAACAAAUUGUUGUAUCGCUGAUUUGAAACCAAAUUCAAAUUACACAAUUCAAUUACAAUACAUUAUGCCUUGGGGUGAAAGUGCACUGAGUGAACCAGUUAAAUUUAAAACUGAAGAUGAACUACCACCGCCUGUUAGUGAUUUACGUGUUAUUCGCACAUCAAUGACUGCCACAAGAAUAUCAUGGCAACCACCUGUUGAUUCCAGUAAAUGUGGAAUUAUUAAAGGAUAUCAUAUUUAUCUUGAUGAUAAUGAAAUUGAUUACACUCACGACUGUUCUGUAACAGUUGGAAAUCUAUCUCCAAAUAUUACUUAUCAAAUAUCAGUAGCAACAAAUAAAGGAAAAGGACCAAAGAUAACUGUUAGUGUGACAACAUCAUCAGCAGGUGAUACGAGCCCUGAUCGCCCAAUAUUUCCAGUUGUCGGACGACGUGAAAUAACAGUAAAAUGGCAACCACCCGAAGUACUUGCCGGAAGAUUUACACGUUAUGAACUAAUUUCGAAUGGAAAAAGUGUCUAUUCUGGUACAGAAUUAGAAUAUCAUUUAACAAUGCUGAGGCCAGAUACCGAAUAUACAAUGGAGGUCGUUGUGUAUACAAAUGAAGGCAAAUUCCGAAGUAAACCGUCUAAAGCUCGUACACAAAAGGAUGAUUAUAUUGGACGUCAAUCACUUUAUGAAACACCUACACAAUCAACAAAAGUGAAAAAAAUUGAUCCAUCAAGUCCACACGGUUCGCCACCAAUCGAAAGAAGAUUAUCAAAAGAUUUUAAAGAUAUCCGUAAUAUUCAAAAUGUUCAGAUGACCACCGUUCGUUCGUUACAGCUCAAAUCUGAUAAUAAUUUAUCUUCAAAUAAUCGGAUAUUGCCAAUAUUAGCAGCAGUCAAUUCAAGAAACAAUAAUAGUUCUUACUUGCGACGAGCACGUACAGAUGUUAUUUCAUCGCAUCGUUCUAAAACAAAUUUUACCUACAAUCCAAAAACAAUACCACCACCUCGACCGUUUGAUACCUCACAUAGUGAUCCAACUGACUAUAAAAUAUCUGUUGUAACACCAUGUUUCGAAAUCAACGAACCAGCAUUAUUGCCUUUAGUUUCAAAUGGUGGCGGUGGUCAAGUUAUUGGUGAUUAUAAUCGUCAGGUAACCUGGUCUUUACCGAUAACGAAUCGCAUCGUCACUGUUCGACAAGAAUCGACACCGCGCUCAACUAUUAGACCCACACCAAGUGUUUCCGUACCAAAUUCGGACGUUACAACUACAGCAAAUCUGAAACGAAAAACGUCGAGUUCAUUACCGGAUUUAAAAAUAGGACAAAAAACAAGAUCAUCAUUUUAUUUGAAUUUGUAUGAUAAAAAAUUAUCCAAAGCAGCCGAACUUCCAAGUGAUGACAAAUCACCAAUACGAACAUUUUCGUCAGCUUCGAUUGAAUGGAGACAAUCAAACGAGAAUGAUAUGGGCGUAUUGUCCGUAAAGAAUGCAGAACCAUUGACUGAAAAUGUUGAUAUAUCACACACUGAACCAAUUGCUGUUCCAAGUAAACGACGACGUCGGCCACCAAAAAAGUCACAGAACAGCGAAUCAAAAUGGAAAAAUCAAUCGUUAACAGAUGAUGCUUCAAUUCAAGGAACAUUUGGCGAUGAGGACGAAAAUAAAAUCUUACCAUUAGGGAAUCAUAACGGUGAAUUUGAGUCUGAUCCAGACACUUUAUCCAUGCAGGACGCGACAAAUGAAGUCAGUGAUGAGAUAAUUGAAUCAGAUCGAAUAAAAGAAGAAGAGCAAUUAAAUUUAGUGUUCCCAGAAAAAGAAUUAUCCAUAUCAAUAUCAGAAUGUAACAUUUCCAUUACAGAAAAAGUUGAAAACAAUGACAAACAAGAAGAAGAGUGUGAGAAUCACGUAUUACAGAAAGAAGUGUCAGAAAUCCAAUUGAGUAAUGGUGACUUAAACAGUAUGGUUACGCCGAUGCUAACAAUUAUAGCAAAUGAUAAAGAAGAUUGUUUGCCUCAAACAAUUAAUCUUAAUUGUAUGUCAGUUAGUUUUUAUUUGGAUAGUGGCAGUGUCGCUGAUAGUGAUAAUGAUGCACAAAUCUGCGAAGACACAACAUUACGUUCUACUGAAAUAAACUCAACGUCAUUACAUGAAAUGUCUAAAACCGAUAGAAAAUCGGACGAAUCGAAUCAGAUUGAGAUACGAGAACAAGCCGAUCUGAAUGAAUCUGAUAAAAAUUCUAGUCUGAAAAAUUCUAUUCCUGAUCAAUGUUCAGCUAUUGAUAAUAUCUUUAUCAACUGA